AGAGGCGGAGAAAAGAGCCGAAAACACACAGGCAGGUGGGCUGGGUCAUGCUGAUGGACAAGGAUACUCAGUGGCUGUACCAACUCCUGGCCGAGGUCCAGUUGGAGAAGUUCUACCUGCGAGUGAGAGAUGGCCUGAACAUCACCCGCAUCGAGCACUUCUCCUACGUCAAGGAGUCCGACCUGGAGCAGAUAGGAAUCAGCAAGCCAGCACAAAGAAGAUUAUGGGACGCUCUGAAACGCUACAAGACAAAAUCACGAUCAUGGCUUCCCAAGGGGUUGAGCAGUCGAGGUCCGGACGGUGGGGAGCAGUGGAGCGGAGGCAGCCCGGCUCAGAGUCAGGAGAGCGUCAGUCGGGCUCUGCCAUGUCUGAUCCAGGACAACGAGCUGCUUCUGGGAGAGAAGCUGGGCUCUGGGUCCUUUGGGGUGGUGAGGAAGGGAGAGUGGCACACACCCACCGGGAGAGUGUUACCUGUAGCAGUAAAGUCACUAAGGAGCAGCAGGCAGACGGACACACUGACAGACUUCCUGCAAGAGGUGACCAUCAUGCAGUCAUUGGAUCACCCCAACAUCAUCCGACUUUAUGGUGUGGUGCUCACACAGCCGCUGAAGAUGGUAACAGAGCUGGCCCCCUUGGGCUCACUGUACGACACCCUGCGGUCACGUCAGUAUGAGUACCCUCUGGUCCGCCUCUGGCUCUUUGCUACCCAGAUCGCGGCGGGUAUGGAUUACCUUGAGACCAAGAGAUUCAUCCACAGGGACCUGGCUGCGAGAAACGUACUGCUGUCAUCCAGGGAGAUGGUGAAGAUCGGAGACUUUGGCCUGAUGAGAGGCCUGAGCCAAGAGACAGACCAUUACGUCAUGUCAGCACACAGAAGGAUCCCGUUUGCAUGGUGUGCUCCGGAAAGUCUUCGCGUCGGCUCCUUCUCCCACUCCUCAGACGUGUGGAUGUACGGCGUCACGUUGUGGGAGAUGUUCACCUACUGUGAGGAGCCCUGGUUCGGUCUGUCAGGCAGACAGAUUUUGUGGCGUGUGGAACGGGAGGGUGAGCGUCUGGAGAAACCGGCAGAUUGCCCGCAAGAAAUGUACGCUGUCAUGAGGAAGUGCUGGGCCUGCAAUCCUGCUGACAGACCCAGCUUCGCCCAGCUCACCAUAAUGGUGGCAGAGGCUAAGCCAAUGGAGGUGCAAGCUACAAGAGACUUUGCUGAACCCAGAAAACUUGCACUUGUGGCCAACGACCUUGUGACCGUCAUAGACCAUGGUCUGGAGCUGUGUGAGUGGAGGGGCCAGAACCAGAGGACGCUGACAGUCGGCUGGUUUCCUGCGAGCCUCACUGUGCCGACCCUCACCACCACCGACCCUGCUACUAGCUCCAAUUACAUCUCACCCCCGGUGAAGGGAAGCCUGCAUCACUCCGGGCACGGUGACAUCAAACCUGAGCGCUGUUGGGGGACACCUGAGAACUUGGAGGACAGCGGCAGCUGGAGGCCGGGCCCUGCCAGGGAGAAGGAUGUCUCCAAUCUGCAGAAAAUGGCAGGUAUGUCCCGGAGCCUUGAGUCAGUUGUGAGCGGACAACGGCCGCGCUCUAACACAGUAGGGAUGAUCAGAGUGGAUCAGCAUGGCAGACUCAUACCUCCAGGGUUGGUAGUUCACAAUGUGAUGAUGCAGCAGGACCCACGUCGGUUCAGCGAGGCAAGCAUCAUCCCGCCGCCGCGCCCGCCUCCCCCCAACCUGAAACGCUUGAACAUGAAACCCCAGAGGAAGCCUGCUAUCUACCCGGUCCCAGGCACCUCGUGGCCUCCACAGGUGCCCCCUUCAGCACAGCCUCAGCCUCCACCUCAACCUCAACCUCCACCCCAGCAGGUCGUCGGAGGCUCCAACCUGGCUAAAAUGGCCCACUUGGCACGCUCCACCCCGCAGCUAGAUGACUACUCGGACAACAGAGAGAGGGAGCGAGAGAGGGAGCGGAACAGAGAUCGAGAGAAGUCACCUCAUGUGCUGAACACGAGAGACAGCAUCAUCUCACAGGUUAUGGAGGCCGUGCACGGAGUGACCAUCGAAGAGGUCCAUAUUGCACUUCAACGCAAUGACUGGAACCCAGUGCGAGCUGAACAACAACUCAAGUUGGAGCAGCUGUACUUGUUGAGCCUGUGCUCCAAAGAGGACUGUCUGAGGGUCCUCACCAGGAACCAGUGGAACCUGCAGCUGGCCAGCCGCUACCUGAUCCGAUGGUCGCGGGAAGACCGGUCCGGCCCCGGCGAGAGGGAGCGACCCACAGUCAGCACAGAAAGACGAGUCUGACGUGAUUCUCUGGCUGAUAUUUGAAGGCAUUUUUCACAUUGACACACUCUGACACUGGAAAGUGAUACGGGACCUUGACAUGGGAACGGAUGUAGAAGAAUGAAGAUGGUUGAAUGUACAAAAGGAAAAGAAGAUUUUGAAACAUCUAAAUUUAGCAAAAAAGGCUAAAUGUUUGACUGUUUUUUAUUUUACAUUUUUAAUGAUCCACUACAUGAUGUGUUUUUUGCAAAUAGUUUUUGUAUCUUAAUGAAUUUGUAUAUAUUAUACUAUUAGAAAUUAUUGUUUAUUGAAUAAAAUUGAUCUGGUAUUAAUGUUGA